AUGGCGGCCACGCAGGCGUACUGGGGUGGAGGGGGGAGAAUUCGAGAAGGCAGUGAGGAAACAGGAGAUGACAUGGUUUUUGUCGGACCUCUCACUUCAGAAUAUGGUCCUGUCUCCGGUGGGAGUCCAGGAUGGCGGAUCCGCGCUGUGUUGGCUGAAACAGAUUGUCUUAAAUUACCCACGUUUGCUAAUGCCAUACUCAAAGACCCAGAAAAAGAAUCAUGUAGUUCAGGAGAACAAGUGGAGUAUGAAUCUGAAAAAAAUUACCAAUUAGAUGGGUCAAAUAUUGUAAAGUGCAUCAGGAGCAGAUGGAUAGGUAGUCCAGUAUGCAGAGAUGUUUCUUGUGGGAAUCCACCCAAAGUGGAAAAUGCUAAUAUUAUCUCAAAACAGAUGACUAGGUAUCCACCUGGGGAAAGAGUACAUUAUGAAUGUAACAAACCUUAUUCCCUGUAUGGAGAGGUAGAAGUGAUGUGUCUGAGUGGAACCUGGACAGAAGCACCUCAGUGCAAAGAUUCUGAAGGAAGAUGUGAGUUUCCUCCACCUAUUGAAAAUGGAGACACAACUUCAUUCCCAUUACCUUCCUAUGCUCAAGGAUCAACAGUUGCGUACCAAUGCCAGAACCUCUAUGAACUUCAGGGUAACAAGUAUAUAACAUGUAGAAAUGGGCGGUAGUCAGAACCACCAAAAUGCUUAGGUGCAUGUUUAAUAUCAGAAGAAAUGAUGGAAAAACAUAACAUACAGUUCAAAUGGAAACGACAAAAAAUUUAUUCCAAAACAGAUAAUACUGUUGAACUUGCUUGUAAAUGGGGAUAUAGGCCAAAGACACCAAGAGAGACUUUUCGAGCAACAUGUCAGGAAGGGAAGCUGGAGUAUCCCAGUUGUGAAAACUACUAUGGUUAA